UCCAAGUAGCAGAAGGAGGGGAAAAAGGGGGGGAGGGAAAGGGGGGGGAAAGGAGAAAAAUAUAUAUAUAUACCUGACCACCCCCCCACCCCGCUUCCCCUUCUCGCUUCCCGACCGUCCCCCCUCCUUCCAGCGCUGCCCGCGGAGUCCCCUUCGGCUCUGCCCAGCCCGGGCUGGGGGCCCGGGGGCGGCGGCGGCGGGUCCCGACCGGCUCCCGGGCCGAGCCGAGCCCAGCCAAGCCGCGCUGGCUUCUUUGUCUGCGGGCGGCGGCCGCCCGGGCCCCGGCCCCGGCCCCCGGCCCCCUGGCCCGAGCUGUGAGAUGAAUCUCUAAUCGGUGGCCGCCGGGCACCCGGGGCGAAGGCGGCUCGGGCUCAGGCUCCGGAUGUAUAGGUGUGGGCCAGCCCGCACCCGAGCCUGACAAGGGACCAUGGAUCCUGGAGCCGCGCCAGACUCAUCUCUGACUGUCAAUGAGCAGGUCAUCGUGAUGUCAGGCCAUGAGACCAUCCGAGUUCUGGAGGUUGGAGUGGAUGCCCAGAUCCCUGCUGAGGAGGAGGGCAAAGCGCUGGAGGGUGUGGCCUCCGAGGGCUCCCAGAGCUACGGCCCCACCAAAGCCGGUGAAGCUGAGGGUGAAGCAGAGCCAGACAUCGCAGACUCCUCCACAGGGGCAACUGUGAAGUCUCUCCCGGGGAUGCCUCUGAGCCCUGCCCCUGCUGUUGCUACCUUCAGCCAAGCCCCAUGCCAGCCUCAGGCAUCGCAGACCCUGACGCCACUGGCUGUACAAGCUGCCCCCCAGGUCUUGACUCAGGAAAACUUAGCCACAGUUCUGACAGGAGUUAUGGUUCCAGCAGGGGCAGUUACUCAACCUCUUCUUAUCCCCAUCAGUAUUGCAGGUCAAGUGGCUGGUCAGCAGGGGCUGGCCGUGUGGACAAUUCCUGCAGCAACCGUGGCUGCCCUCCCAGGACUGACCGCUGCUUCUCCCACGGGGGGAUUUUUCAAGCCACCUUUAGCCGGUCUCCAAGCAGCCGCCGUGCUGAACGCCGCUCUCCCGGCACCUGCACCAGCUGCCCCACCAGCCCAGGCCUCCUCACCCGCCCAGCCCCGGCCACCAGCACAGCCCCAGGCGCUGCUCCAGAGCCAGCCGCUGCUGCAGACCACGCCCGCCAUUCUCCCGCAGCCCACUGCUGCCACCGCGACUGCCCCCACCCCCAAGCCAGUGGACACCCCCCCACAGAUCACCGUUCAGCCUGCAGGCUUCGCGUUCAGCCCAGGAAUCAUCAGUGCUGCUUCCCUCGGGGGACAGACCCAGAUCCUGGGCUCCCUCACUACAACUCCGGUCAUUGCCAAUGCCAUUCCCAGCAUGCCGGGGAUCAGCAGUCAGAUCCUCACCAACGCUCAGGGACAGGUGAUUGGAACACUUCCGUGGGUAGUGAACUCGGCUCGCGUGGCGGCCCCAGCACCAGCCCAAAGCCUGCAGGUCCAGGCUGUCACCCCCCAGCUGUUGUUGAACGCCCAGGGCCAGGUGAUCGCGACCCUGGCCAGCAGCCCCCUGCCUCCUCCCGCGGCUGUCCGGAAGCCGAGCGCUCCUGAGUCCCCCGCUAAGAGUGAGGUGCAGCCCAUCCAGCCAACGCCAGCUGUGCCCCAGCCGGCUGUGGUCAUCGCCAGCCCAGCGCCAGCGGCCAAGCCAGCUGCCUCUGCUCCCAUCCCAAUCACCUGCUCAGAGACCCCUACUGUCAGCCAGCUGGUGUCCAAGCCACACACCCCGAGUCUGGAUGAGGACGGGAUCAACUUAGAAGAGAUCCGGGAGUUUGCCAAGAACUUUAAGAUCCGCCGGUUGUCCCUGGGCCUCACACAGACCCAGGUGGGUCAGGCUCUGACUGCAACGGAAGGCCCAGCCUACAGCCAGUCAGCCAUCUGCCGGUUCGAGAAGCUGGACAUCACGCCCAAGAGUGCCCAGAAGCUGAAGCCGGUGCUGGAGAAGUGGCUGAAUGAAGCUGAACUCCGGAACCAGGAAGGCCAGCAGAAUCUGAUGGAGUUUGUGGGAGGCGAGCCCUCCAAGAAACGCAAGCGCCGCACUUCCUUUACCCCCCAGGCCAUAGAGGCUCUCAAUGCCUACUUCGAGAAGAACCCGCUGCCCACAGGCCAGGAGAUCACCGAGAUUGCUAAGGAGCUCAACUAUGACCGGGAGGUCGUGCGGGUCUGGUUCUGCAACCGGCGCCAGACGCUCAAGAACACCAGCAAGCUGAAUGUCUUUCAGAUCCCUUAGGGCUCAGCCCCCAGCCCUGUGUUCCAGCACUUUGUACCUUCCCUUGGCAUCUGGCUGCAGCCACUGCUCUGCGGCGUCUGUCAUUCUGCCACAUGUGGCUGUGUUUGUCCUGGGUUUUGAGACUCCACUGUGCGCCUGUGUGUCAGCUGCCUCCCCAUCUCCCCCGUAUCAUCCACGUCCUGGGGAGGGCAGUGGGGCCCAGCUGAGACGUCCAGGUUUGGGGCUGGUCACGCCAAGGGAGGGGUUUUGUUGUGUCACUUAAAGAAGCACUUUGCUAACGUGGUUUUUGAAGGGUGAAUUCUGGUUGGGAACCAGAAACGCCCUGUCUUUGGGGCAGGGCUGUAGCAGCCUCGAAGAAGCACUGGCCAUUAGCUCUUGUUUUCGACGGCAUUCUCUUUCCACUCUCUUCUCCUUUGCUCCUCUGUGUGAGUGUGGCGGGUACGGCAGCUUCUCCAGUGGAACCACAGCCUCACCCACUCAACCUCUGCCUGCAGGCACACUGUCCCCUGAAAGAACCCAAGAGAUACAAUUCAGAAAAGUGUGAUGUGCUGCUCAGAAGGUCAGACUCCAUGUCUGCCUCGACCUCAAGGUCAGAAGGUUUCCACAGCCCUGGGGCCAGAACAUGUGAUCUACUCUCCCCUCCCUGAUUCCUUUGGGGGGAAAAUUGCACUAAAGCAGAAGCUUUUCUUUUGUAAAUCAUGUUGGAAGGAAUCAGCAGUGAACUGUAGCUGUCCUGGAGUUGACCUGGGUCUAUAGCAGGUUGGGAACUUAGUAGAUAAGGCCAUCCUCCCAGAUUUUAAUCUGAUCUCUGUCCAUGGCCAUCUCCGCAUCAGAAUGGUAUGGUUAAGAGCACUUGCAGCCUGGAAAACCCCCCUGCCCAGCUAAGCAGGCACUGGUGGGGGGGUGGGGGGGAGGGGGGGCAGGAAUGCUGACUUCUUUCUUGCCCUCACACCCAGUCCUGGGCCUUCUCAGAAGCAGCAAAUUAAACAAGACGCCAGACAGCAAGGCCCUGGGGAAAAACCAACAUCCAGAAAGAGCUGAUGGCAGCCUGGAAAGGCCUCUGUGGGGAAAAUGACUUAACUCUAAUUUUCUUUGUAACUUGAAAUCUUGGAUACUGGAGGAGAAAUCUAAUCUUGUCCAGAGUCUUAGACCAUGUGUUUGUGUAAGCAGUCCCCCCCAGUGCACUUCUGAGUUAAGAAUACCCCUCGAGCAGGCUGGGUUUUGCCUUCAGAGAGGGUAGCUAUGGUACAUGGGGGGUUAGCAUGUCGUCCGAGCAGUGAAGUGAGUUUCCCAGCCUCACUGUGGCUGGACAUCCCCUGGAACUCAGUAUGUGACUCCAGGAGGACAGGAGAGCACUGUGAGGUUUGCUCAGAUGAGCCCAGACGUGCUGUGUAGAGUAGACUUAAAGGGUCACAAAAGUCACAGGGGUCAGCCACCCACUCCUUUCACAACUCCUGUCCUUACAGAGCCAGGUCUCUAGCAGGUGUCUCCACUGCACCUCACACAAUAAACCCUGAAGAAGUGACUGCCAGGCGAGGGCACAUCACCACCUCUGUCGGACACUGGUGCAGAGCCUAAGCUCACUUCCUCUGGCAUGCUGUGUUUCUUUUCCUGCCUGCAGCUGGUCUCUCCCAGGCCCUACAGUGCCAGUGUGGCCCAUCCUCUCGGUAGCUCUGCCAGUGAGAGGGCAGUAGUGUGUCAAAUUGGCAUGCGCGUGCACACACACACACUCCACACCACUGCAUUCUGACCAACCAAACUUGCUUGAGUGUGGGGAGGGAAUGAGGAAGCAGGGAGGCAUCUUGUCUGCCCCAGCCUCCCAGGAGAGGAUGUGUCUCCAAGGGUAAGGCUCCACCCUCAAGUUCAGGGUUAUCAACCUGUCUCAGUGAGAUGAAGAGCUCACUUGAGAGGGGUGUUGUAAACAAGGUUUCAGCAAGAAUAAAGUAGUAUCAGAGUUCCUAAAGGAUUCAGUGACUUACAGUUCAAUAAAUUAGAGAGAUACAGGUUUUUACCCUCAAGCGCUUGUAUUCAGAUACGCUUUCUUUUUUGGGAGAGACAAGUGGGUCGUGCCUGGUGCCCUGGGAGCAGCACAUAAUCCAGGGCGUGUCCACGGCAGUGCGUGUGCAGGAGGACACCAUCUGUCCUGUGUGUCGUGGCAGGAAAAAGCUGAUGAACUGCUGCUCUAAAUUAGGCCUGGCUAUGCCUUCUUAGCUCCUCCCGUGUCUAAAUCUGUCUUCUCAAAGCUGGGCUAGAAUGAAACCAUUUUUUCCUCUGCUGGAAUGAUGGGCUGGUGUUGCAGAGGAACAAGUCCAGGGGCAGCAUGUUUGCAGGCUGAAUUCCCCAGGCAGGGGGUACAGGAUGGCCCUGAAGUGCGCCCAAAGCAGAGCUCGCCUGCCUGAUCUCUGCUCUUGUUCCCCCACCACAGGCCCCCAGGGAAGCAGCUAUGGCCCUGAAGUGGGUUUUUUGUUUUGUUCAUAUUUUUGUUUUGAGUAGCAUCGGUCUCUGAAGGGAGUUGGUAUUAAUUUUGUUUUGAAAGCACCUCUCUGGUUAUCAGCCAGAGCUCAGUGGCUCCUUUACCAUGGAAAAGCAGGAGAAAGGGCAAAAAUGGCUUAACUCUUUGCAGGUGGUUUUGUUUGUUUUUGUUUCAAAGACCAAAACUUUCCAUGGAUGUGCAAUGACUCAGCUGGGGCCUUUGACCCUGCACUAAUUAUGGCAUUUUAUCCUGGUGGGGUCCAGGGAAAGAAUUCAGCCAAAUGAGUUAAGGAACCCAUUUGACUUUGGAAUGAGAGACCCUGACAUUUUUGUGUCCUUGGAAAUCCAGUCACCUUCCUAUGCCUAGAUUCUCUUCCUCUUUCAUAGGCCAGGCUGUUUUGACGCUGAGGUUCUGACUGUUCCCAGGUAUGGGAUAAAGUCUGCUGGAAGCUGGAGCAAGGGGUGGGGAGGGGAGAAUGGGGGAGAAGCACUUGAUGUAGUUGUGUGGAAUAAACAGUAUUUUUUCUUUUG